UAAAAAACCCUUUCGUCGUCCACAGGAACUGCGGAUAUUCGGCCCGUUUUGGAUACGCACUUCUUCGCCUCCGAACCCUAAUUUUUUAGAUUAUCUACGAGAGUUUGAAGUUUUUGUUUGGUAGGAAGAAUGGGGCGUUCGUCGGAGACGAAAUUCUUACAAGAGCUGAUACUGUACGCGGCGAGCGCGGCGCUAAGCUGUUUGGUUCUGUUCGCCGGUCUCCGACAUCUCGAUCCGAACCGUGAGGCGGCCAAAAAGGCGCUAGAGCAUAAUAAGGAAAUCGCCAAGCGUCUCGGUCGUCCUCUUAUCCAGACCAAUCCCUACGAGGAUGUGAUAGCUUGUGAUGUUAUAAAUCCAGACCACAUUGAUGUAGAGUUCGAUUUGAUCGGAGGCUUGGAGUCUAUCAAGCAGUCUCUUUAUGAGCUUGUGAUUCUGCCUCUGAGAAGACCCGAUCUGUUUUCUCAUGGGAAGCUGCUUGGUCCUCAAAAGGGUGUCUUGCUGUAUGGUCCUCCUGGAACCGGGAAGACAAUGCUCGCUAAGGCUAUCGCCAAAGAAUCAGGAGCUAUUUUUAUUAAUGUAAGGGUUUCAAAUCUGAUGAGCAAGUGGUUCGGUGAUGCUCAGAAGCUAGUUGCUGCUGUAUUCAGCUUGGCAUACAAACUCCAACCCGCUAUUAUAUUUAUCGAUGAGGUUGACAGCUUUCUUGGCCAGCGUCGGUCAACAGAUCAUGAAGCGAUGGCAAACAUGAAGACCGAGUUUAUGGCGUUGUGGGAUGGAUUUAGCACUGACCAGAAUGCAAGGGUGAUGGUUCUUGCUGCAACUAACAGGCCAUCAGAACUCGAUGAAGCAAUACUGAGGCGUCUUCCUCAAGCCUUUGAAAUUGGGAUGCCUGACCGAAGGGAGAGAGCCGAAAUUCUGAAAGUGACUCUGAAAGGUGAGAGGGUCGAGUCCGGUAUCGACUAUGAUUAUGUUGCUGGCUUAUGUGAAGGCUACACUGGAUCGGAUAUUUUCGAGCUCUGCAAGAAAGCAGCUUACUUCCCUAUCAGAGAUCUCCUAAAGGAGGAGAAAAACGGGAAACAUUGUUCGAUUCCACGGCCUCUGUCACAGUUGGACUUGCAAAAGGCUCUUGGUUCAUCAAAGAAGACGCAGGUUGCUGCAGGAGAGUAUUCCGGGUUCAGCUCGCAAGCCUCUGUAUGGAGAAGCCAAAGGGAUCCAGACGACGUCCAAGCCGCCAUUAGUGGUCUUUCGAAGCUUCUGGUUUCUCAAAUCAUUAACCUCCAGUCAGAUUCUCAAGAAGAAGAACCCCAAUGAUUUUUUUUUUCAUUUGUAUAGCUGAGUUCAAAAGGAUGAAUCUUUUGCAGGAUUCUGGUGUCGGUGUGAAUUGGGCAUUGCCUUGGCACCCACCUUUUGUUUUUACUUCGGUGUUUUUGUUUGUCAUAGAAAUCAAAUGAUUUUAGCAUUGUACUUCUGCU